GGUACUGAUGUUCCACAGAAACAGCAAAUAAAUAAUGCCGAAACUUACUUUGAAAAUGCGAAGGUAGAAUGCGCAGUACAAGCUUGUCCCGAACUGUUACGAAAAGACUUUGAGUCAAUGUUUCCAGAAGUGAAUGCCAACCAUUUAACAGUGUUAACUGUCACCCAGAAGACUAAAAAUGAUAUGACUGUCUGGAGUCAAGAAGUGGAGGAUGAGAGAGAAAUGCUGUUGGAAAAUUUCAUCAAUGGUGCUAAGGAAAUUUGCUAUGCGAUUUGUUCCGAAGGCUAUUGGGCUGACUUCAUUGAUCCAUCCUCAGGACUGGCAUUUUUUGGACCUUACACAAACAACACCCUGUUUGAAACAGAUGAACGCUACCGCCACUUGGGAUUUUCUGUUGAUGAUCUUGGCUGCUGCAAAGUUAUUCGUCAUAACAUCUGGGGUACUCAUGUGGUUGUAGGAAGUAUUUUCACUAAUGCUGAACCUGAUAGCCCUAUCAUGAGAAAACUAAGUGGAAACUAGCAGUCAGCAGGGUUUCACAAGUUCUUACAACCUUUGCAUUCUUUUACUUGAUGAUUCUUUCUAAGCAUUGUCAGGAAAUGCCACACUUUAAAGUAUUCUUCGAUAAUAAAAUAGCUGUUAUUUA